UAAACACCAGAUAGCAAAUAUGACUUAGCAGGGCAGUUCCUGUUUUCACUCUCAGUACCAUGAUCUCUUGUUCCUAUGAGAUUAGCCUACUUUUGAUUUUUCCUCAUUGAAGGACAGAGCCCAGAUCUGUAUCUCCAAACUGAAAAACUUCAAAAUUCAGAUGAGUGUGUCCCAGACAAUGGAGACAGAGGAGGAUCUCCUCACAUGUCUCCAUAUCAAGAUUUACCACCCUCAGCAGAGCUCUAAGGGCCUCUACCACCUUCUUCCUCUAGGGACCAGGGGCCGAUAUUCAGCUGAUGACCCUCUCCGGCUGGGACGUGACGCCAACGCCUGCACCUUUGCACUGAACGACAUGCGGGUGUCUCGCAAACAGCUGGUUCUCUUUGCCUACCGGACCCCACAGAGUCCAGAUAUGCUGUUCACCAUCCAGAACUUAAGCCAGAGAGGGAAGCUGUCAGUGAACAGCUCAGCGCUGGGCUAUCUGGAGAGGAUGGACCUCCCUGAUAAGGCCCUAAUCCGGUUCGGAGAGUAUGAAAUGCUCAUUGUCCGCGAGUCAGGCGAGGCUAAAGCGAGCUUUGAGGUGGAGUUUGAGGUGCUGACAACAUCUCCAUCCAGAGAGACAUGCAUGUGUGUGCCCAGUAAGAAUCCAGUCAUGGACACAGGCUCCUAUGGGAUUAACAGUUUAACAGCUGAAUUUUCAUUGAUGGGCCCACUGGAGAUUGACGAAACUCUGAUUUGCCAGUCGUGAUGUGAAACCAAUGCCAUCAGAUGCUGUUACUUUGCCUUCAGAAAUAUUACUGCACAGUUGUUACACGUGUAAACUGAAUAAAAUCCCCUUCUUCAAUGUGAAAUCAUAAAUCGGUUUCAUCCUGCAUGCACUGCACCAUUUCUAUGUAUUAUUUUAGCUAUCAUUCUUUGCCUUUUAUAUACUGUGAUAAACAUUUUUAGAGCCAUGUGUAGGUUUUCUACUUGAUUUCAUUAAAUUAUUAAGAGAU